AUGAUUAGAGGAAAUGCCACUACCAACAAAACUGGAAUGAUUAGAGGAAAUGCUGCUACCAACAAAACUGGAAUGAUUAGAGGAAAUGCCACUACCAACAAAACUAGAAUGAUUAGAGGAAAUGCUGCUACCAACAAAACUGGAAUGAUUAGAGGAAAUGCCACUACCAACAAAACUGGAAUGAUUAGAGGAAAUGCUGCUACUAACAAAACUGGAAUGAUUAGAGGAAAUGCUGCUACCAAUAAAACUGGAAUGAUUAGAGGAAAUGCCGCUACCAACAAAACUGGAAUGAUUAGAGGAAAUGCUGCUACCAACAAAACUGGAAUGAUUAGAGGGAAGGCCACUACCAACAAAACUGGAAUGACUGAAGGAAAUGUCGCUACCAACAAAACUGGAAUUACUGGAGGAGAUGCCGCUACCAACAAAACUGGAAUGAGUGGAAGGAAACGCCGCUACCAACAAAAACUGGAAUGA